AUGGAUACAAUCAGCAGCAGCAGCAACAGCCUUUCUGCUGCUGCUGCUGCUGCUGCUGUUGCUAGCAAGGAGCACAGCCGAACAGCAGCAGACGGUGUGAGCGGUGAAGCAGCAGCAGCAGCAACAGCAGCAACAGCAGCAACAGCAGCAGCAACGACUAUGGAACAGCAUGGAAAUAUUAAUGAUGCAGCAGCAGAAGCAUUGACAGCAGCAGUAGAGGCAGCAGGAGCUGCUGCUGCUGCUGCUGCUGCUGCUGCUCAUCCUGCUGCAGCAGGGGACGACACCGCUGACGACGUAGCAGCGCUUCUAGCAGCAGCAACAGCAGCAGAAGCAGCACAACAUACCCGGACUCAUCUGCUGCUGUCUCCAGUGCAGCAAAGACGACAGCAGCAGCAACAGCAACAGCAGCAGCAGCAGCCGCAGCCGCUGCUGCUGCUGUCUACAGAACACGAAGGGUUGCGUAAAGAUGCAUGUGACGGCAGCAAGGAAAUGGCAGAAGCAGCAGCAACAGCAGCAGCAACAGAAACAGCAGCAGCAGCAACAACAAGUUGCCCUCCUGCUGCUGUUGCAGCAACACCAGAACCUGCAGCAGAUUCACCACCUGCCAUAGAGACUGCAGCAGAGGCAGCAGCAGCAACAGAAGCAGCAGCAGCAACAACUGUAGCAACACAAGCAGCAGCUGCAACUUCAGCAGGAGCAGCAGCAGCAGAAGCACCCAUAAUGGAGGCGCCUGCAGCAGCAGCAGCAGCAGCAGAACCUCAGGCAGCUGCAGCAGCAGAAACUGAUUCAGCAGGUGCAGCAAGUGUUGCACAAGCAGAGCUUGCUGCUGCAGCAGUCGUGAUGGGAGAGCCCACAGCGGCAGCAGCAGCAGCAGCAGCAGCAGCAUCUGCUGCUGCGCCACAGAUGCCUGGAGGACGACAGGCAACACCGUCAGCAACAACAGCAACUACAGCAGCAGGUUUAGCAGCAGCAGCAGCAACACCUGCAGCAGGAAGCACUGCAGCAGCAAAACCUGCUGCUUCGCAGGUAAUACAAGCAGCAGCCAGAACAGCAGCAACAGCAGCAGCACCCUCUGCUGCUGCAGAAACGGAAGCAGCAGCAGCAGCAGCAGCAGCACCAACAGCAGCAGCAGAAACAGCAACAGCAACAGCUUGUACUACGCCCGAUGCACCAUCUGCUAGGGAGCAGCAACUGCAGCAGCAGCAAAUGCUGCUACUGCAGCAGAUCGAACAACUGCAGCAGCAGCACCGCCUCCUGCAGCUGCAGCAGCAACAGCAACAGCAGAAACUGCAGCAACAACAGCAACUGCCGCAGCAAGAUCAGCAACAGCAACAAGUGCAGCUCACCCAGCAGCAGCUGCCGCCGCAGCAGCAGGUGCAGCAACAGCAGGUGCAGCAGCAGCAGCAAGAAGAGCAGCAGCAUGUAACAUAUCCUGCUGCUGUAUUAGAGGAAGCUAUUGCAGUUGCUGCUGCCACAAAUCCACCAACAGCUGCUGCACCCGUUGCUGCUGCUGUUGCUGCUGCUCCUGCUGCUCCUGCUCCUGCUGCUGAAGAAGCAGCAGCUGCUGCAGUGCAGCAGCAAUGCUCUCCCGUUGCAGCAGCAGAAGCAGCUGCGCCUCCACGCUGCUUAGCAGCAACGCAAACUGCAGCAGCAACUGCAGCAGCUGCAGCCACGCCAGCAGCAACACCAGCAGCAGCAGCGACUGCAGCAGCAACACCAGCAGCAGCUGCAGAUACCUUGCAUGCGUCUGCAUGUGUCCCUGAUAUUGCUGCUGCACCUGCUGCUAUUGCUGCACCUGCUGCUGCUGCACCUGCAGCAGCUUUAUCGGGCACUGAGCAGCAAGGAGCAGCUGCAACAGCAGCAGCAACACCAACAGCAGCAGCAGCAGCAUUAGCUAGAGACGCAGCAGCAGAUGUGCAGACACAGCAAGCAGCUGCAGCUCCAGCUGCUGCAGCACCUUCUGCUGCAGUGCUUUCUGCUGCAGCGCCUGCUGCUGCUUCACCUGCUGCUACUUCACCUGCUGCUGCUGCACUUGUCGUUGCUGCACUUGCUGCUGCUGCAGUUGCUGCUGCAGCACAUACUGCUGCAGCAAAGCCAGAAGGUUCAGCAGCAAAAGCUGCAGCGGAAGGAGUUGGAGAGGAGCAGGCUGCAGUACCUGCUGUUGCUGCUGCUGCACCAGCAGCAGCAAUAGCAGCAGCAGCAGCAGGAUCUGCCCCGACUGCUGCAGCACCUCCAGUACCUGUUGCUGUUGCUGCAGCAGCUGCAGCUACAUCUUCGCCUGUUGCUGCUGCUGCAGCACCUCCUGCUGCUGCUGUAGCACCUGUUGCUCCACCUACUGCACUUGUUGCUGCAGCAGCAGCAGCGCCUGUUCCUGUUGCUGCAGUAGCUGCUGCUCCAGUUGCUGCAGCAGCAGCAGCGCCUGUUCCUGUUGCUGCAGUAGCUGCUGCUCCAGUUGCUGCAGCAGCACCUGCUGCUGUUGCUGCAUCAUCUGCUGUUACUACUCCAAAGGAGAACGCAUGUGACAACAUACCUGUCUCUGCUGCUGCAGCAGCAGCAGCAAGUGCAGCAGCAACAGCAGCAGCAGCAGCAAAUGUGGCCAGUGAAGGAAUGCCUCCCCUUUUAUCUGGAGGAACAAAGAGGAAGCAUUCUGCUGCUGCUGCUGCUGCUGCUGCUGCUUCUCCUGCUGCUGCUGCUGCUGCUGAGCCCUUCAUACAAAAGCGACAGCAGCGCCUAUUGCCCCUAGAACAGCAACCAGCAGCAGCAAACACUGGCGCAGCAGCACCAGCAGCACCAGCAGCAGCAGCAGAAGCAGAAGCAGCAGAAGCAGCAGCAGCAGCAGACGCAGCAGAAAGGAGACUAUUAGAGGAUACAGGAUAUCGAUUUGGAGACACUAUUGAAAUCCGUUGGCUUAUAGAAGACGAGGAGACACAGCAGCAGCAGCAGCAGCAGCAGCAGCAGCAGCACGAGCAGCAGCAGCAGCAGCAGCAGCAGCAGCAGCAGCAGCGGGGUCGUCUUGUAUGGUGUGCUGCAAGGAUAGAGAAUUUAUUGCAUGCAAGAAGAGACACAAGGGGACGAUAUGAAUAUUUGCUGCUAAAAGGAGACACUCCUGCUGCUGCUGCUGCUGCUGCUGCUGCUGCUGCUGCUGUAGUGUUUGAGGGCCCCCAUAAACUUAGAUACCUGGGGCCCCCACAGCAGCAGCAGCAGCAGCAAGAGCAGCAGCAGCAGCAGCAGCAGCAGCAGCAGCAAAGACGUACAUUAGAUGAAGAUCUUAAAGAUGCACCACAACUAAGAUGCAGGAGAGGAGGAUCCCCUUCCCCAUCCAUUGCUGCUGCUAUUGUUGCUGCUACCCCGCAGCAGCAGCAGCAACAGCAGCAGCAGCAGCAGCAGCAGCAGGGAGAGUAUGAAUGUGUUGUUGUGUUAUAG